AUACAGAGUAAAAGAUAAAUAUAGGAACAUUAUUUCACAGUUAUUUAACCGGAAACGUUUUGCGCGGCUGUGAACAAUAAGCAGUAAUUGUAUCAGGAUCUAUGUACUGCACUACUGCAGUAGUACUACUACUUCCUCUACUACGCAGUAUUUCCAUUUACUGCGCUGUCUCUGUCCUCAGUGAGUGUGGUUACAGUUGAUCCCAGUAAUCGGGCUGAACGGCCAGAUUUUAGUUUUUUUACUCCCAUGCCACCCAAGAGAGACGCAGGAGCGACUCCAACACAACCUUCAGUGAAGAUGAUAAAAAUCGGCACUGAUGCACAGGAGUUUGGCUGUGAUCCAAUCGAGGAUAAGUACAGGCUGAAUGAAGAGUCCAGCUACUCACCUUUCCCCAACAAUGAGCAUGAAAACAUUGAAUUUGAUGAAGAAAAUGUGGCAAGUCCAGACAUCAGAACAGACACCAUCAGUCUCCUCAUGAAGAUAGAGCAACUGCAGGCACAACUCAAAUAUGAACGCAGAUGUAGAAUUUUGGCCGAGAGAGAGUUGAGAGAGCUGAAAGAGAUGAACACACUCAUGAUGCAGAUGAGGCACACAGCACAUGAGCUACGAGUCACUCUGGAUCACGUUCUCCAAGGAGGCGAUGCAGGAGUUGCACCACAAAACUCUCAGGAUGAAACCAUCUCUUUCUUGAAUGAGCCUGAGGCAGACAUGAGAGCGGUUCAUAAUAUCCCAGAGGAUGAUGACAACUUCUUGUACCUGUCAGAGAAUCUUCGAGUACCGAAAAAUCUUUACGAGCGCAUUGCAGAGAUUUGCGACUACAAGAAGUACACGUCAGCACUGCUGAUGAUACUUUUUGACAGAGAAACUUUGGCCACACACUCUCUGCAGGGCCGCAGGAACACCUUCACUGGAGAAGAUUGCCACAAGCCUCAACUCCCACCUGAGAUCUUGAGAAGUAUAAUCGAUCACGUGGCAGUCAAGUUCGGCGUUGAUAGCAGCCAAAUAAAAACUGCAAUCCGGACAAAGUUGAAUAAUGAGGACAAACUAUUAAAGAAGAGACUGGGUUUGGGUAAAGCUGAAAACAAAACUCUUAUUGAUCAAAGCUUUUGCCCAGAUGCUUCACUCCUGCCUGAAACUGAAUCAAUGGGAAAUGAUUCUCAGUUAUAGCCUUUUGAGUUGGUCACCAGUAUCACGUCGGAUAGAAGUGUGUUUGACAGGUUACCUUUUUUUAAAUCCAUGUCUAGGUUAUCCAUAUUGAAGUGUAAUGCCAAGUGGGUUAUUUUUUUUUUAACACUUUUUAGAAUUGUUUCUUUUUUACUUUGACAGCUGUUGUCUGUCGUGUGUUUGAAAAGUGUAAAUUCAACCUGGUGGCCAAACCAAGACAUGGAAAAGCACUAUGAAAUGUCACAUGUAAUCGUGUUUUUAUUUAAUUUGAGGUAGUAAAUGUGUCUAAAUAACAGGUUUGUGAAGUCUGUGUUAAUACUGGUUUAACAUUUCAAUGAGCAGGUGUUUGUGUGUUUGAAAGUAGGACAUUUGAAAAUGUUUAAAGUAAUAGGGAUAUGAUUUGUACCCAGUUGUUCAUGAUGAAUUGUGCAUUACACCCAGUGAUACUGUGUUUUAGAAUAGUUUUUUUCGCAGUUGCAAAAUAUAAGUGUGAUCUUCCACAACAUCAGUUACAUCACUGUUUGUGCUUAACUACGCAAGGGGCCAAUAAAUAUUUCAAACUGA